AAAGAUGGUAUGUUCUGUGUGUAGUACGCCUGUCAACUAUCAUAUUUGUAAAAAGAAGACAAAUUUUUGGUUAUGUUUAGAGCAUCUCAAACGCCGCCGUAACGUUUUAUAAAAUAUAAGUAUUGUAAGAUCACUUACACCGAAUUAAAAUGAAGCUAGUACGUUUUUUGAUGAAAUUAAGUCACGAAACCGUGAGUAUGGAACUCAAAAAUGGCACCCAAAUCCACGGUACAAUAACGGGUGUAGACGUAGCAAUGAAUACCCACUUAAAAGCUGUGAAACUAACUCCCAAGAAUCGUCCAGCAGUAAAUUUAGACACAUUAACUAUAAGAGGCAAUAAUAUUAGAUAUUUCAUACUACCAGAUAGUUUACCACUUGAAACUCUUCUUAUCGACGAUACUCCUAAGGCAAAAGCUAAGAAGAAGGAGUCUGCUCGAGGAGCAGCUAGAGGUAGAGGAAGAGGACGUGGUAGAGGUGGUCCUAGAGGAAGAGGUAGAGGCAGAGGUCGUCGAUAAGGAAAUGAAAUAUAAUUAUCUACAACUGUAUACAGUUAAAGACUUAUUUUCUAUGACUAGGUUUAAUAAGUGUUUGAAAACAUUCUCUUAAUAGAAAUAAAUUUUUCAUAUUAUGAGUCCUAUGGGAUUUGUGAAUUUUUUAAAGUUUUUAAAUAAAAACUUUGUAAUUAUUGUCAAUGUGUUAAUCAAGGUGAUUUGUUUCCCAUAGUAUAGUAAUAGAAAUGGUAACAUGAUAGUGACUUAAUUAUUUGAUUUUUUUUUAAUAAAUACCACUGUAGAGGAAUGUUUUAUGAUAUUACAAUCUGAUCAGAACGAAAUCAAUGAGCAAUAUUAUUCUAACCUAAAUUACUAAGAUUACCUUAGAGUCUAAUGUUUUAAUAACACUUAAACCAUUGUACUACACCUAUCCUCAUUAAGCUCUGCUUUCUCACUAAAUAAUUGUUGCACUAAUUGAUGAUAGUCCUUAGUAUCUUAUUCUGGAAUCAUUGAAUAAUUUCAAAGUUAAUCUUACUGGCACAACGCCAGAUUGUAUGCCAUAACAUAAAAUAGGUCUCAAUAUUUGCUUGUAUAGAAGCAGUUUGAUGUACAUUGAUAAUUUUGAACUUUGUUCUAGUAGCCAAUGCAUCUUUUUAUUCUUAAUAUCAAGCUUCUCACCUACUUUUUUUUAUAUGGACUUUCCAGCUUUCUAGUGAAGUCUAACAUCGAGAGUUAUAUACAUAUUUUGCUGUAUUAGCAUAAGGAACAUAAACAUUGUUCAUUCUGAUAGGAAACUAUCUUUUUUAUUCAUGAAGUUGAUGUGAAUGGAUUUAGUUUCAUUCAAUUUAAUAUCUCUUGGCUCAGUUGCUAAUUUGGACAACAGAUGUUUGAAACUUUUUAGCAACUUCUUUGUGGAUAUCUCUCAAGGCCAUAACUGCCGAGUCAACAGCGAAAGUAGUUAUUGUGUGGUGUUCAUGUUCAGGAAUGUUAUUAGUGUACAACAGAUAGAGCACUGUACCAAGUACACUACCCUGGGGUACUCCUGCCUUGAUUUCUUUUAAAUCAGUAUAUGAUUCGUCUUUGCAAUAAUCUGAAAUAUCUGACUAGUAAAAUUUUAGGAUUUGGGAAUAUUGUCUUGGCAGAACCAAUUUGUGAAGUAAUCCUUUGUACCAUAUUUUACGAAAGGCUUGCGUCACAUCUAAAAAGACAGUGGAACAGACUUCUUUUUUCCAAUGAUUUGGUUGAAAAACUAACAUAAUAUCUAGAAAAGUUUUCAAUGUUAGUUACGACAACCUUGCAUCUAAGAGGAGUCUCUUUCAAUGCCUUGAUGCUUACUAAUAUUGUUAAUGGCUGUUAUCAGGAGACAGGCUGCCAUUUUACCCUUUUCAAAAAGCACAAUUUUCUGAUGUAGUUCACAAGAUUUUUGCAUGUGAGUCGUGGUUCAUCUACUUUUAUAAUAAAUUUUAUGCAUUAGUUGCAUAAUAGGUAAUAAGUAGGAAUCAGUCGCACCUACGCAUUGGAAAGGCUAUUUUAUGUUUUAAUUAUAUUACCCCAAACAUUAAAAAAUCGUUAUAAAAAAUUAUAUGCCUUUAUGUGAUUGGGAAAAAAUAUGCAAACUCAUUUUCAGACAACGUUUUUGGGUUUUUUUUUUGGCAAAUUAAAGAAAAAAAUGGAAAAUAUCACUGGCUUCUUAAUAAUGGUUUUCAAUAUAUUUCAUAUUUAUAAAUAAAUUGUAAGAGGUAGUUGGGAUAUAACUUCACCAAGUUCUCAUUUUACAAAGUGUAUUAUUUGCCUUUCUAAAAUAUUCCAUUUGAAACUCUUACAAAAUAUGCCUGUCUUCCGACUCCCUGUUGUUUCUUUUUUUGACUUUGAACAUAAACAAGUAGCAAGUAAAUAUUAAAAAAAUGGUAUGGUUAUGAUGUAAUAUAUUUUUUUCUCCAGAAUAGUUAUUAGGGACUUCUGACAUUUAAAACUUUCGACGAUAUAUAUAAUAGUAUGAAUAGUAUCGGUAUAUGAUAAAUAAAAUUCCUGUACACUCUGUUUAUUUAAUUUAUUCUCAAAAACUAAGAUAUAAAAGUGCAAAUCCCUAUGUUCAACCCGGUUGAUAAAAUAUUGCUGGUAGAAACUGUAAAAACACCAUCUUCAAUCCAAAAUGUAUAAUACCAGCUUCAACUAAAGAAAAUCCGGAGGAAUACAUUUUUUGAAGAAAAAUGAUAUUGUUUAUUUGAUUAUCCGUUUAUUUUAAAUAAGAAUCAGCGAUAGUAAAAAUAUAUUUUGAAAGAAGCUAAAUACAUCAAACAAACUUUUGUUAAUUCGCCUUUCGCGAUAUUACAUAAAUAAAAACCUCAUGAAAUUUGUGGGGGCAAAUAAAAAUAUUUAUUGCUAAAGAAUAUGGUUAGAUAUUUAGUAUACUAAAUUUUAUUAAAUGAAAAUUAUGUUAUUUCUCAAAGUUAUUAUAAAAAUAUAAUAUGAAUGUUCAAUAACAUUGGAUUAAACAUGUCGAAAUAUUACAUCUUCCAUGAAUUGUUCUCAUAACAAACCACAAUAAACGUUUUGCAAAUGUCCUUAAGAGCAUGCGUCGCCUCAACUGGUGCGUUUAGAUGAAUUCUAGCGUAAACAUGGCGAAUAUCGGGCAAACUGUGUAACUUUAAUAAAAACAAAUAAAUCUGAUUGUGCUAUAUACUUUAUAAGAACAAUUUAAUAAACUGUGUGCACCAUAAUAGUAUGGACAGUGUAGCAACAGGGUUUUUGGUCAUAAGCAGAAUCAUUAUCCUUCUCAAGAAUAAGGAUUAAGGAACAUACAAUUGUAUAUAAUCAAUAAUAUUUUGUUGUUCAGAGAAAAUCAUGGACAUUCAAUCAAGAAAAUAAGUAUAAAAAGCUGAAGGAAGAAACUCAGAAAUAAAAAUAAAUAUAAAGAAAAGGGAAAUUUUCGACUUGAAAACAUGACACAAAUUAGUUAUAGAUAUUAUACUAUUUUCAUUAGUUUUUAUAUUAUUUUAUUACUACAUAUCAAAUUGCAGUAAUAUAUAAUGAUAAAUAAUUGUACCCCAUUAUAAUGAAAAUGAAAACUAUGCGAAAGAAUAUUUAUGUUUUUAAAUUUAUUCCUUCAACAGAAAAUUUCUUCUAGAGUCUCUACUGUAUAACAACAUUGAGAAGGAUUCAGAAACAUGCAAAUAUAUAUAAUUAAUAAUAUUUCCUUGUUUAAAUUAUUCUAGAACUAUUCUAAUAAAUGGAAAUAAAAUUAAGAACAUUUAGUUAAGAAAAUAAAUAUGAACAGUUCUAACACAGGAAGAAACUGACAUUUUCAAUUUUACAAUAUCAUGCCUGAAAGUUUUCAAUUCCAUACUUUUUUGAUUUUUUUUCAUUUUCAAAAACUGUUGAAAAUAAACUUGCAAAAAAAUAUGUAAAAUGAUAUUUAUGCUUAUAAAAAUAAAUAUUCAAAAGUCUAAAAGAGGAAGAAACUGAAAUUUUUAAAUUGAAAACAUCACACCGGAAAGUUUUCAAUUCAAUAAAACUGUAAGAACGUUUGUAAAAUAUGACCCAGGUAUGUAAAUUUAUGUAAAUUAUUAUAUCUGGUCUAAUUUACAGUUUAUCAAUCAAAUUUACAUUCACCUGAAUUUUUGUGGUAAUAUUUGUAAAUCUUUAUUAAUACUUUCAAUUACUCUAAGUCUGUUCCACAACUCACAUUAUAUAAAUCCAAAUUUAGAUUCUCUUAAUGAAACCACAGCAAAAUGGAACUAAAUACAGAAAUUGAGAAAUAUUAUGAAUAUUAGAAUACCAAUAAAACUCUGGUGGCCUGUGUUUUUAUACAAAAUAUUUUUGUUUCAUACCAAAAAUAACAAAAACCUAGAAGUUUUCAAAAAAAUUCGGAUGGGUUGGGUUUUGUACAAAAAUGGGAUUCUUGCCAACCCUGCUUUAUUAUUAGUAUAUAGGAUAGCUCACUUCUACGACAGUAUCUCAAAAAUUCUCCGGCCAAAAGGAAGCUACAGAUCGGUAUAGAUUAAGAUAACUUAACUUAAUUUACCUUUAUCAAAAAGUUUCUAAUGCCCUUUGAUAAUGACACUGCUAAGUCAGUUUUUCAAUAUACUGCAACCCGCAAACUUCAAUUUUAGUACAUUUUAUUAACCUGCAGUCAUUUUCUUUGCUUAAAAUCGCUAUUAUCUAUCGUCUUAGAUGAAAUUCAGUUUUAAUGUUUUGUAUAUUUGUCAUACAAUAUCAAUAUUGAAUCCCCAAAAGACUUUUCUUUUAGAUAAAAAUAUUUAAAGUGGUGUCCCGUUCCUCUAAGCAUCCACUCCCGGAUAAAUCCGCAGAUGGGUGCAAAGAAGAACAUUCCACCACCCCUGUUAUUUCGACAGAUUCUCAUCCUCAUUCGCGUCACAGUUGCGCGCGUAGACUCCUCUGAGUUCUAUGAGAGAUUUUGGAAAGUCUUAUUUUUUUGUUAAAAGUUAAUCUUAUGGGUAUACACUCUUUUCUACUUCGUAGAAAGACGUAUGGACGUCUUAAUGUGUGUGUUUGCUUCGGGUUAAUCCUUUCCAACCUUUUACAAAUAUUAACAAGAUUCUUGUCAGGGCAUUGCCACCUCAAUAGAUAUCUAGAGACGCUAGGUUUAGCAGAAGCUGCAAUGUACAAACUCUGCUAUGUAUACAACGAAUUCUAUAUCCACAAUCUCUCGAAGUGUGAGAGAUUUCGGAACUGUGGAGCACUACACCUGUGGGCGUAUGAAAUGGAUUAAAUCCUCUCAUAGAACAGGAUCAUAGUUUGCAAGCAGAUGCACGAAUUUCACGUAACCACAUAACAUCGAUUCACUUUAAACUAAGCAUAAAAUAAAAGAAGCGUAAAAUACCCAUGAAUUUGAUGCACUGACAUGAAAACUCUGCAGGUUUUCUUAAGCUCGUUUUACGAUAUUGAAAUGAUUACUACAUCGUCUGCGUAUGCCAGAAGUUGCGCGAAGCAACGCAAUACGAGCGCCUAAAACUUUUUUCGCCUUUUGAUAAUAAAUGGUAUAACUAAUCAGGAAUUAGAUGCUUGGAUGUUAUUUUCACCUUUAUAGAGUACACGUCUAAUUUAUGCGUAAAAUACUUUAUUUGUAUUAAUAUUUUGGAUGACUUCGGGGCUUCUCUGCAUAAAUAACAAAACGUGAAUAUGAAUAAAUGAACUCGUUUUUAAAUUCACUCGUUCCCGGUAUUUAUAAUUUGCGUUGUUUUCAAAUUCAAUAACUUAUAAAUUACAACUAACUUCUUAAUGAUUUCGCUUUAUUUUUUCUGUUUUGCAAUUCGAUAAUAUUUAUCUCAAGUCUCAAAACGCCUCGUAAUCCAUUCCACUUGGGUUUGGACUAAGUGGAACGGGAAAGAUCUUAGUCGUGAACAUCAUUGUCGUGAGUGCUUAGUGGAAUGCACCCAUAGUAGUUCUUUUUUCUGUUCAAUUGAAAAAAUCGAGCCACUUGCCACCAUCUUUUCAGUAGCUUAACCCAACGCUGUGCUAUCGCUACGUUAUGGGUUGAUUGGUAUUCGAAAGAUACAUUUAUAUGUUCUAAAUAGUUGACAUAUUUUAUAUAUAUCGACAUUUAAAGAAAAGAAGAAAGAUAACUAUUUCUUGUCAAAAAAAUAUUGAUUGCAGAUUUCAAAAAAAUUAUUAAUUAGAUUUCCUCAAGUUAAUUAUGUAUAAAAUAAACACUCCAACGGAAAUUUCGUAUUGAAAAAAUACAUUUAAUUUCAUAAUUGUGCUAGUUUCGAAAUAUGUCGUACAAGUGACCCAACCUAUAGAUAUACAGUUGAUAUUAUUCCUUACAAGGCAUUUAUACAUAUACAACCUUUAUUUUUGUACAUACACUUAAGAUUUUUAAUACGUUCUUAGAAUAUUGUUUAUACGCAUAUAUGAUAUACUGGGUGAUCUGAAUUAAAAAAAAAAAAAAAUAAA